AUGCUUGAAGGGAAAAUGGAAACGGGAAACUCUUCCACGGAAGAAGAUAAGUUUACAGUUAGGAGAUUGGAGAUCUCCGACAAGAACAAGGGUUUCAUCGAGCUACUCCAGCAGCUGACCUGUUGCGCUUCUAUAUCCGAGGAGGCAUUCAAAGAAAGAUUUUAUGAAAUCGCCAAAUCAGGCGACGAUCAUCUCAUAUGCGUCAUAGAGGACAAAGAUUCUGGAAAGAUUGUUGCUACUGGGAGCAUAUUCAUCGAGAAGAAGUUCUUGAGGUAUUGUGGCAAAGCUGGUCACAUUGAAGAUGUGGUGGUGGAAUCUAGUUUACGAGGAAAGCAAUUAGGCAAGAAGAUCAUAAAGUUCCUUUCGGAUCAUGCCCAGGCCAUGGGAUGUUACAAGGUGAUCCUGGAUUGCAGCCCCAACAACAAAGCAUUCUACGAGAGGUGCGGUUUCAAGCAUAAGGAAAUUCAGAUGGUGAGAUACUUCACUUGAUGGAUGCAUCAUCUUCUACUUUCUGCAUUACAAACAUUUCAAUUAAGAGAACAUAAAUAAUCUGAUCAUAUUGUUGUUCUGUACAUUACUGCUGUUCAUUUUUGGAGAAUGGUAUUCUCAAAAAGCAAUUUAUAUUCGAGAAUAUCAAGUUGUUUUUUACUACAAAAAGAGAGUUCAGGCAGUAAGGUUAUUGCAUCCUUAUGAAUACACAAUAGAGUAAAGGCAAUAAUUAUUCA